CCCGCGGUCGUGCCAGAAGCGGCCGAUGUUCGCGCCCGACCUCCCCGGCGGCGGCGCGUUCCCGCCCGUGUCCGUGGGCGGCGGGACGGGGCUGCCGCCGCUGCCGCCCUACUACCCGGCGCUGCUGCCGCCCAUGCCGUUCAAGCCGCCCUUCCUGCCCAUGACGCCCUCCAUGGCGCCCCUCACGCUGCACCUCAGCCACAACUCGGCCUUCAAGCCCAACAUGGCCAUCCUCGGCGGCGACUUGCGGCGGCCGCUUGCGGACGCUGGGCUGCGGCGCUCGCCCUCGCCGCCCGACUUCAAGCCGCCCGCCGCCGACCGCCUGGACGCCAAGUUCCCGCCCCGCGACCGCAGCCCCGACUUCAAGGCGGCGGUCGAUGAGCGCGCCGCCGCCAAGCAGCCAAUCAUGGAGCGCCUCGAGCUGAAGCCGCCGCCGCCGGAGCUGCGGCAGCCAAUGGGCGACGUGAUGGAGGCGCCGCGGCCGGCCAAUGAGGGCUCGGCAUUCAGCCCCCCUCGGCGGGGCGCGGCGACCCCCCCGAGCGGUGGCCGAGACGGGGAGACGCGCAGCCCCGACGCCGCGCACCGCCUGGAGCCCUCAGUCCCCGCGUCCCUCUCCCGGGCGCCCCCGAUCAGCGUGGAUCCGGGGUCGCUCGUGAUCACGCCCACGGACAGCGUGUACGAGAACGCAGCGAAACUCCUCUUUUUGGGCGUGAAAUGGGCGCGGUCCAUCCCCUCGUUCAUGCAGCUGCCGUUCCGCGACCAGGCCAUCCUGCUGGAGGAAUCGUGGAGCGAGCUGUUCGUCGUCGCCGCCGCCCAGUGGUCGCUGCCGCUCGACGAAGGGAGCCUCGUGCGGGCGUCGGGCGCGUCGCCGGAGCAGCAGGCGGCGCUAGGGCGUGAGGUGGUGGCCAUGAGGGACAUCAUCACGCGCCUGCACGCCCUCAGGGUCGACCACACCGAGUACGCGUGCCUGAAGGCGCUCAUCCUCUUCCGGCCGGGUGAGCCUGGGGGGGGGGGGGGAGGAUACCUGGCCAGCAAGGUGUGCGGCGCCGAGGACUGUCGGCAACACGCCCAUCGAGAGGGUUCUUUGCGAUAUGUUCAAGUCCAGCUGAGAAUCGGCUAUUUCGCGCUGCCAGCUGCGGAGGGUGGUGGAUUCCUGGCGCCAGCUGUUGGAAGGGAGGCUGCUUGGAACCAGCUGAGAGGGUGUGAUUUGGUACCAGCUGGAGGCAAAGGGGAUGUUCGGAACCAGCUGAGGUGGGCAGUGAAUUCUCGGCACCAGCUGUUGAAAGCAAGGCUGAUCGGAACCAGCUGA